AUGCUAGAACGUCAAUUACGUGAUCGGUUUGCAACGGGUCUCAACCAUCCCCGACUUGAAGUGGAAUUGAAACAAAGGUGGCCAGAGCUAAAAACAUUCGAUGAUAUUGAAGGCAUAGAAAACGAAGUGUCGUUCGCGGAAGUUUUCAAAAUAGCGCUAUCAAGAGAGUUGGCGGAAAAAGACAUUGUAGAAAGUGAAUGCGCGGAAGUGAAAAAGAUAGUAAAACGUCGUUCGAAAAUCGGUAAGCGGAUCCGAAUUUUGUCGGAAGAACAAUGUUUAAGAUGUGGUGCGCGCGAAAAACAUUCAAAAGACAACUGCAAGGCGGUGAAUCACAAUUGUGAAGCGUGUGGCAAACGUGGACAUUACGGGUCGUGCUGUAUAAGAAAAGGCAGAGCUAAAUUGAUCGCGAGAGACAAAAAGAAACAACAGCGUAUUUACAACGUAAAAAAUAGUGAUACAUCUAUUUCGAGUUGUGAGCAAGUUUUUAAAGUAAUGAGUGCCAUUGCUAAGAAAAGAAACAUUGACGUUAAGAUAAACGGUGUCACGUGUACGAUGGAUUGGGAUCCGGGCGCGUCAGUUUCCAUUAUAAGUACAGAUUUUUGGAAACAGAUCGGAUCACCAACGCUUAAAGGGAAGCCAAAACUACGGGCUUAUGGCAAUUUCGAUUUACCUUGCCAAGGGGAAGCUACAGUGACAGUGACGCUGAACAAGCGACCGCGAUCUUUGAAAGUAGUCGUGGUGGACAACGCGAAUCCAAUGUUAUUUGGCUUAGAGUGGAAUGAAGCCUUCAAUUUGCCACUGCCCGAACCAGUGUACAACGUAGAUCGUGUCAACAACCACGUGCAGCCGACAACGAUACCACUGCAUCAGAAGUUAAAUGACAUAUUGGAAGAGAACAAGCAGCUAUUCGAAGAAGGACUGGGAAAAAUAAAUAACUACCAAGUUAAAAUUCACGUAAAGGAAACAGCAACACCAAUACAUAUUCCAGCCAGGCCAGUCCGAUUCGGAAUUCAAAAAAGCGUGGAAUUCGAACUUGAAAGGUUACAGCAGCUUGGAAUUAUCUCACCUGUUGACCCCAACGAAACACCGAUCGAAUGGGCAACACCCACUGUCAACGUGGUUAAACGAAACGGAAAUAUACGUAUUUGUGGUGAUUUUCGUGUUACACUGAAUCCAGCACUAGUAACAAUACGACAUCCAGUACCAACAUUCGAAAACAUCCGUCAGCAGCGUGCCAAGGGUGAGAAUAUAAUGACUCCUGGUAUAUCGAGUGCACCCGGAACAUUUCAAAAUUAUAUGGAAAAUCUACUUGCUGGCAUACCCAACGUUGCAAUCUACUUCGACGACAUAGGCAUUACAGGUCCAGAUGAAGAUAGCCAUCUAAGAUCAUUAAGAGAAGUUUUUAAACGUCUGCGUGAAGCUGGUUUUCGUAUCGAAAAGAACAAAUGUAGCUUUUUUCAAGACAGUAUCGACUAUUUGGGCCAUCAAUUCAACCGAAAAGGGAUCUAUCCAGUGGAAGACAAGCUGAUAGCAAUCAAAAAUGCUGCAAUACCCACUAACAAGAAGGAGUUACGAUCCUUUCUGGGAUUGGUCAAUUUUUACGAAAAAUUCAUACCCAACUUACAUGGAGCAUGUUCCGAACUACAUGCAUUAACAGCUAGCGCCCGUCAUCUAACUCCUUACGAUCACACAAAACCGCUUUAUUUGGCAACAGACGCAUCCGAUGUAGGCCUUGGUGCUGUUUUAUAUCAUCAGGACGAGGCUAACAACGAGUUAACUAUCGCCUACGCGUCACGAAAAUUCAACGAAGCAGAACAAAAAUACGCUACCAUUGACAAGGAGGCAUUAGCAAUAUUUUUCGCCGUGAAGAAAUUUGAUCCAUAUUUACGUGGGACAAAGUUUACAUUAAUUACGGAUCACAAGCCGCUUCAACACCUGUUGGGAGACAAACGAAAUUUGCAAAAAAUCGUAAACAACCGUCUGACGAGAUGGGCACUAAUGUUAGGUGCAUACAAUUACGAUAUACAGUAUCGUCAAGGCAAAUACAAUAUUCUAGCUGAUUGCUUAUCACGCUUACCAAACGCACAUGAAGCAAUUUCGGAGGAAGCGCAGAAGAUUCAUAAAAUUUAUGCGGUAAUUCAAACACGGAAGCUUGAUGAUAUUGUACUAACAGAACAGGAACUUAGGAAGCAGACGAAACAUAACCUAAUAUUACGACGAGUAAUUGAGUUAAUUGAGCGUCACUGGCCAGACACGAAGUGUAUCAACAACGAGCUGAAACCAUACUACGACAAACGGGAGGAACUAUCAUACGAAAACGGUAUUUUGAUGUGGCAAGGACGAAUUAUCGUGCCCGAUAAUCUUCAAGAAGUAACAUUGAGGCAUCUUCAUAGAGGGCAUCCAGGCAUUGGCUCUAUGCGUGCGUCAGCGAGGUACUAUGUAUGGUGGCCGAACAUCGACAAGGACGUGGAACAUACAGUGAAAUCAUGGAUGGCAUGUCAACGGCAACGCCCAAAACAAUCUGAACUGCCAAUCUACUUUUGGUCCCUGCCAGAGCAUUGUUGGCAACGACUGCAUGUGGACUUUGCAGGUCCCUUCGAAGGAAAAAUGUGGAUUGUGCUUGUUGAUGCUUUAUCAAAGUGGGUAGAAGCAGAUGUACUUUAUGCUGCCACCACAAGAACUUUGUGCGAAUUCCUAGAGGAGAAGUUUAUAACAUUUGGUUAUCCGGAAAUUAUCGUGUCGGAUAAUGGUAGUCAAUUUACGUCAGAAGAGUUUCGAAAUUAUUGUCAAAGUCAUGGAAUAAAACAUGUAACGUCUUCACCGUACCAUCCGAAAACCAACGGACUAGCCGAACGAUUCGUACGAACAUUCAAGGAGCGUAUGAAAGCCAGUGAAUAUGAUGGUUUAUCACAACGUCAGUGCUUGCGCACAUUUCUAUUUACAUAUCGAAACACACCACACUCCUUUACAGGGAAGGCACCAUCUGAAUUUUUGCUAGGUCGACGCCUGCGAACUUUAUUUGACAAUCUGAAGCCUAAUGUACGGCGAGAGUUGCAUUUUAAACAUGUAAAACAAAAUCUUCAAGCAGAGCAGUCUAACAGAGAGUUCCAACCAGCACAACCAGUAUUCGUAAAGACAGACAUCGAGAAAAUGUGGGAACCAGCCAACAUAGUCGAAAGAACAAAUCGAUAUUCCUACCGUGUUCGAACAAAGGACGGUGUAGAAAGAAGACGACAUGCAGAUCAUAUCCGAGAACGGAGGGUAAUACCACCAUCAAUCGACUUCCGGGAUGUUUCAGAUUUUAAGCGAAACAGUUUCCAUUACCAAUCUGCAAGCCCGACAGCAAAUGAUGAACAGGAACAUCAGCAGUCUAUGCAGCCCGCUAUACCGUCGCAUGAAAACGGAAACAUGAGUGAACAAGGACAACACACCGAAGCACAACAAAUUGAACAUCCAGUACGGCGAAGCCAACGGCUAAGAAAUCGACCCAAGAGACUAGUCGAAGAGAUGUAA